AUGACGAGUUCAGAAUCCUUGCUAUUCACAUCUCUAGGCCCCAGCCAAAGUUCUGGAGAUGGUGACUGCAGGUUUAACGAGGAGUUCAAGUUCAUCCUGCUGCCUGUGAGCUAUGCCGUGGUCUUUGUGCUGGGCCUAGCCCUCAACGCCCCGACCCUCUGGCUGUUCCUCUUCCGCCUUCGCCCCUGGGAUGCAACAGCCACUUACAUGUUCCAUUUGGCGUUGUCAGACACCUUGUAUGUGCUGUCACUGCCCACCCUCGUCUACUACUAUGCUGCCAGAAACCACUGGCCCUUUGGCACUGGCUUCUGCAAGUUUGUCCGCUUUCUCUUCUAUUGGAACCUCUACUGCAGCGUCCUCUUCCUCACCUGCAUCAGUGUGCACCGCUACCUGGGCAUCUGCCACCCACUGCGGGCGCUCCGCUGGGGCCGCCCUCGAUUUGCAAGCCUUCUCUGUCUAGCUGUUUGGUUGGUGGUAGCUGGCUGCCUCGUGCCCAACCUGUUCUUUGUGACAACCAGCCCCAGUGGAACCACCACCCUGUGCCAUGACACCACCCGGCCCGAGGAGUUUGACCACUAUGUGCACUUCAGUUCGGCCGUCAUGGUGCUCCUCUUUGGCUUGCCCUUCUUGGUCACCCUGGUCUGCUAUGGACUCAUGGCCCGACGGCUGUAUCGACCUUUGCCAGGAGCUGGCCAGUCAUCGUCUCGGCUCCGUUCUCUCCGCACCAUUGCCGUCGUGCUGACUGUCUUCGCUGUCUGCUUCGUACCUUUCCACAUCACCCGCACAAUUUAUUACCUGGCAAGGCUGUUGAAAGCUGACUGCCGGGUGCUGAACAUUGUCAACGUGGUCUACAAAGUGACCCGGCCCCUGGCCAGUGCUAAUAGCUGUCUGGAUCCAGUGCUCUAUCUGUUCACUGGGGACAAGUAUCGAAGCCAGCUCCAGCGGCUAUGCAGAGGUAGCGGGCCCCAGCCCCGAACAACUGCGUCCUCCCUGGCAUUGGUGACCUUACAUGAGGAAAGCAGCAGCAGGUGGGCAGACAUCCACCAGGACAUCAUUUUCCCUACCUGUGAGGGAGACCGAUUAUAA